GUGAUCUCGUCUGAGGAAGCGAGUUAUGUCUUGUCCCAAUGCUGAACCUAUACUGUAAUUGUAGAACACAGAAAAACGUCGUCCUCAUGGUUAUCUUCUCAGACAGUUCAUUUUACGCCAACAAUAUACUCGCGUUUUAUAACAGCUUUUAUUUGCCUUAUUUAUUCUGAGACAGUUCAUAUGUUAUGUCGCAUAUUUAUUUAUAGUUUCAAAACGUUUACAUGGCUACAGCAAGCGGCAAAUGCAACCACGGCAGCGCCGGUUCGGAGAAGGACAAGUUGGUUUCCUCUGUGUCUCCUCACGGCUACGGCUCCAGCGACAGCAGCGGCAAGCAUGUUCACCACAGCGACAGCCAUGGCUGGCUGGGGCCGGAGCAGGAAGAGGAGGCCCUGCGCAGGAAGCUCAAGUACUUCUUCAUGAGCCCCUGUGACAAGUUCCACGCCAAGGGCCGCAAGCCCUUCAAACUGGGCCUGCAGCUGCUCAAGAUUGUCAUUGUCACCGUGCAGCUGGUGUUGUUUGGCCUCAGCAACCAGAUGGUGGUGACGUUCAAGGAAGAGAACACCAUGUCCUUUAAGCAGAUCUUCCUGAAGGACUAUGACGAGGGCUCCGAUGACACGUUGGCCGUGUACACACAGAGGGAUGUCUACGAACACAUCUUCUACGCCGUAGACCAGUAUGUGGUGCUACCCGAGACCACGGUGGGACGCUAUGCGUACGUCUAUGGGGUCGGGGUGAACGGGAGUGCCCUCUCUCUCUGCCAGCAGUACUACAAGAAGGGCAGCAUCGAUCCCGCCAAUGAUACCUUCAACAUUGACCCUCGUGUUAUCACAGAUUGUGUGGGAGUUAACCCUCUGUCAGUCCCUCGAGCGCCUUUAGGCAGUGACUACAAGAACUUUACCCUUAAGUUCCACAAACUCAUAAACGUGACGAUACAGUUCCAACUAAAGGCCAUCAACAUUCAGACCAUCAUCAACAACGAGAUUCCUGACUGUUACACCUUCUUCAUAACAAUAGUCCUGGACAACAAGGCUCACAGUGGUAAAGUGAGGAUCAGUCUGGAAAAUCAGGCUUUUAUAAAGGAGUGUAAAGACCCCAGUGUGUCUGGCCACGCGGAGAACUACACGCGGCUAACGUUUGACGUGGUGGUGGCGAUCGUUUGUAUGCUGUCCCUGCUGCUGUGUGGCCGCUCCAUACUCCGCGGGUUCAUACUACAGGCGGAGUUUGUCGAGUUCUUCAAGACUAAUCUGGGCCGGAAAGUAAGCUGGGACGAAAGGAUGGAAUUCAUCAAUGGCUGGUACAUCCUGCUCAUCAUCAGUGACGUCCUUACAAUCAUCGGCAGCGCAAUUAAGAUCGGCAUCGAGUCCAAGAAUAUGUCAUCGUAUGAUGAGUGUGGCAUCCUGUUGGGGACCUCCACCUUGUUGGUGUGGGUCGGAGUCAUUCGCUACCUCAGCUUCUUCCAGAAGUACAAUAUCCUAAUCGUGACCUUGCGAGCUGCGUUCCCCAACGUGAUCCGGUUCUGCUGCUGUGUGGCUGUCAUCUACCUGGGCUACUGCUUCUGUGGCUGGAUCGUGCUGGGGCCCUAUCACGUCAAGUUCCGCUCUCUCUCCAUGGUGUCGGAGUGCCUGUUCUCGCUGAUCAACGGCGACGACAUGUUUGUGACCUUCGCAGAGAUGCAGGAGAGCAGCACGCUGGUGUGGGUGUUCAGCCAGGUCUACCUGUACACCUUCAUCUCCCUCUUCAUCUACAUGGUACUGUCGCUCUUCAUCGCCCUCAUCACCGGCGCCUACGAAACCAUCAAGCACCAAACCCAGGAGCCCUACCACAUUACGGACCUGCACGCAUUCAUCGCAGAGUGCACUGACACGCCCAGCUCGGGGAUGUUCCGGGGCCUAGAAACCUCGCCCUGCUCUUUCUUCUGCUGCUGUGACAGAACGACAACAUACGAGGAUGUCCUUUUGGUGAACUGACUGGGCUGGGGUGUCUGGACCUACAGCGCUCUCUGCUGGCCGGAGUGCCACACUGCAUCCCGCUUUUCAUUGUCGUCGCCAUCAAAUCUGGUUCAGGCAUGAGCACUUACUUGAAUGAGGAGCCUCAGUUCAACCAUAUACAAACAGAGGACUAUGAGCUGAAAGCCUAAUCUUUUUUUGAUUGGAUUCAUUGGCCAGACCUCCUGCAUUGUGUGAAUGUUACAGGGAUGUUGCCUGGAUGUUACACAGUAACAUACAGCUCAACACAGCAUUCCCCACACAGAAAGAGAACAACAUUAUUUUCGCAACAAUCUGGAUAUAUGCACAAUCCAUACUUGCUGAGGACCAUAGUGCAAAGUGAAAUGUCUUGUUAGCACUAAUGCUAACGUUUAGCUGCUUUUAAUUGUUUUAACUGGGUUUUUAGAUGUUAGGUAAGCUGCACAAGGGACAAGAACUGGACAAGGCAUGUUUUUUUUAAUAUCAGAAGUUCUGGUUAUAUAUGAAGGGGAUGACAAUGACAUGCAUACUUCAUACUAGGCCAGAGACUGCUCUGGAGUAGCAUUCCCACUGUCCCUAAGGAGAGGGCACUUAAGCCCAAGUCACAUGACUCACCCAAGAACGUCAUUGCCCUGUCAUGAGGCGCAAGUCCAGCAAGAACUGCUGAGAGCAAGGCUGGCUUCGCCGCAGUGCUUUGUGUUCACCACUGCUGCACUCAAGUGUACAAGUAAAUUGAACUUAAACCCUGCACUGUGCCUGGACCCAAUGGCUCCCUCGAUAGCCUUAAUCUUUGCUCAGAUGUACAAAUCUCCUGUAGUUUCAGUAGGUGUUAAUCCGAUGACACGGCAAACAGGGUAAACGUCAGUGCUAUUGUUGAGUUGUACGUUUCAAGUUGUACACUGUACAUGUCCUGUUCACGAUGCACAAAUGAUGCUGCUUCAUCAGAGUUCAUUUGAAAGGGGACCCGUAGUGAAGUAGUCAAAUCCACUCCGAGUCUCACAAAGACCCACUAACACAAUACCCACCAUGGCACAACAUUCCGGUCGCAAUGGUAAUGUGACUUUCCAAUUUUGCCUUAAAUGAGGAAACUACAUGAUUGGAAAAUGGAGAGCUCAUCUAUUUUUUUUUGGGGGGGGGGGUGAAUUUUUAAAAGGCCUAAGCUCCAGUCAUGGACAAUAUGGAUGGAGAACUGCAGAUUGUAUCCGACUGGUCUAAAGAACAAAGACUGCCUGCGAGUAACGAGGAGAGGAUAACGAGCAGGCAGGACAGCUAAACGAGGCCAGAGGGAUGGGGUAUUUGCGAGCACGGCAGUAAUGCCUGUGAUGUUGACCCAGAAGAAUCCUCUUACAUAUGUUUCCUUCCCAUCCUGUUUUAUGCCUCAUAAUGAUGCCUAGUUUAAAACUAGCCAAUUGCUUUGUCCUAGUGAAAGUUUAAAUUUUUUUAUUUAUUUUUUUUAAUGUUGGGUUGUUUCGGUAUCUAUAGAGAAACGCCUAAGGGGAGUGUGGUCUUCAGGUUCAGACUCCAGAAAGUGGUCAUGCAUUGAGCUUUGUACUCCAAUCACUAUUGAAGAAGAAGAAAAUCAUAUUUUUUUUUUAAUAGGUUAUAGGCCUGCUUCCAUUACGGUCCCUAGCUACUCCUUCUAAAAGUAAACCUUUUGGAAUUUUGAUAGAUUCCAAAGAACCAAGGUGUAGGCAAAGUUAUAUGGGAAUAUAACCUCCCAAAUAGGCUAAAAGCAGAGCUUUCACCAUAUCCGUUCUUUAGGAUCUGAGAACACCAAAGGGCUGGAGGCUACGAGAAGUGGCUAGGGGCCGAAAUGGUACAUGGCCAUAGCCUGUCUGCCGGUUAGUGAGGAGUCAUGUAGCUCUUAUUUUAAUGGUCAUAUAGUACAUUUAAAUUAAAUGUAUGUUCUUAACUAAGCAGUACACAAACAGGAUUUGUUUUUGGCCUUGCGUUUGUAUAUUGUAGUAUUAGACACUUAGAUGUCCUGUCCGAGCAGUCUGUAGACAUGUAUACAGUUCAUUGUGUAAUCUUUUUUUUUAUGUUGAUCUUACUUGAACAUUGUUUUGAGUAUGUUGGAUCUCUGUGCCACACUCAGUACGAAGCCAAACCACUGAUGAUUAAAUGCCUGUUUGUUCA